AUGCGACACAGCGCCCCCACCUCCCCAAAUCCCGACCCCCCCAGGGGCGGCGUCGAGCGCCUGACGUUCAGCGCGAUAUGGGAGAUGAGCCGCGACGCUGAAAUCCUGUCCACGCGCUUCACAAAGGGCGUCAUCCGCAGCCGUGCGGCGCUGACGUACGCGGAGGCGCAGGCGCGGAUUGACGACCCGUCGCAGACGGACGAGGUCACCACGGGCCUACGUCACCUGCUGUCGCUCGCGAAGAAGCUGCGCGCCGGCCGCGUGGCGCGGGGGGCGCUGCAGCUGGCGUCGCCGGAGGUCAAGUUUGACCUGGCUGACGACGACACCCACGACCCCAUCGACGUUGGGGUGUACCAGGUGAUCUGA